UUUUUCUCCUUUUAGACUCUUCGACUAUUUUAUUGCAAACUGUCAUCAUGCAGAAAGAAGAUUCUAGCAUUUCAGAUAACAGCGAACUUGAGAAUACUAAGCUGUUGACCGAGAUAAAGGACAACGAACAGAAAAUAACCAACUCACUUCGCGAACAGCUACAGAAGGCUCGUAAAGAUAAAGCAGCUUUAGAGGCAGACUUGGAGUUUCGUACAAAAGCUUAUGAAACGAACUUGGAGCAGUUACAAAGAAUGUCAAAUAAAGAGAAUACAGCUCAGCUGCAAGGAAACAUAAACGCAAACGACAUUAAUGAGCUCAGACAACAGAUCAAAGCAUUCCAUGACAAAUGUGUUGAACAAGAGAAUAAAAUUAAAAGUUUAGAAUUCGAAUUGGAAAUGGAGCAAGGACAUGUAAAAAUAUUAAAACAUGACAAUAAACUUUUGAGACAAAUGACUGUGGAUAUGAAUGCACAGGCAGAACAAGAGGAAGAGUUCAUUUCCAACAGACUACUGAAGCGAAUCAACAGCCUAAAGAAGGAAAAGGGCGAAUUAUUGUUACAGGUCGAACAAGAAGAAGAAUACAUGACGAAUAUGUUGCAGAAAAAACUGAACCAACUACAACGCGAGAAGAUUGAUAUGGAGAAUUCAUUGGAGCAGGAGCAAGAAUAUAUUGUUAACAAGCUACAGAAGCAGCUAGAGACCAUGAAAAUGCAACAAGGUGCUUCUUCCCAUACCACAUCACCUAUGAUGACUACGGUGCAUGAUGCGACAUCAAUUAACACGUCUAAUCCAGUGUCUCCUUUGAUCUCGAAGAAGUGGGGUUCUUCAACCGGAUCAGUAGUUGAAACGCCUCAGUCUGCAGGAACGGCUGAAAUGUUAAUAUCUGAAAUUGCAAUACUAAAAAGCAGAACAACUGAGAUGGAAAAAGAGUUUUUAUUGAAAAUGCAGCAAUGCAAUAAAUACAAAAGCGAAUUGGUACAAUUCCGAAAACAAGCUGGAUUACCAGUAGAUGAUAUACCUUUGGAUGAAGGGAUACCAUCCGUUUUCAGAACUGUUCCUCCAUCACCAGGUAGAGGAGGUAGUAGAAUUCAUCGAUCCACAUCAACUUCUUCCCAAAGAUCAAUUACCUCAGAUAAAAGCAAUAUCAACAAUAUUCCUCCAUUUCAACUUGAUUCCACGCAUAGUGAUGUUAGCAAUACCUCAGUAAACAGAUCAAGAUCGAAUAGCUCUGCAUCAACUACUGUUUCUUCCAAGUCUACAAGAAGAGUCUCAGGCACUCUGUUAACUUUGGCAGCUUCGGGCCCAUCUUCGAAUAACUUUGGUUCUUUAAAUAAUUGAGCAUCCACUUUUGAUGAACCACGUUAAUCUAAAAAUACAUGGCCUUAGCAUAGUGGUCACAUGCCAAAUCUGUAAGUUAAUACAACAAAGAAAUACUAAUGUUUGUCUACACCAUUAAUAAAGAUUGAUUAAGUUGGGCCCAAUUUGUAGAAAUAAUCUGUCCUGCCCGUUU